CCCUCGAGCCUUGCAAUCUCGACCCAGUCGAUCACAAUACGAAACUACGGUUGAUCCAACUCGUCAUGUCUGGGAAACCACGGCAUAACCUGCUACCUGUGCCUCUACUCGAGCUUCAGCUUUCGACAAUCGACCUGCUUCUGUCCAUGUUCUGUCUGCCAGGCGAAAUCGAACAAUCCGAAUUUAUUACUACAGCGAUAGAAGAUCUCCGAUUUUACGUCGAAGAUCCUGCUUCGACCUCGCGGCCACAUUCCCAGUCGAUUGACUUUGGGUUGAAUGUGACUGUGGAUCCAGAUCAUAUCUUGGAGUUAUUGAUCAAGAUUCCACUUACAGCAGAAGGAGCGAACUUGAACGACGGAGAUGAACCACCGCUACCACUAAUUUCACUGCGCUGUCCAUCGUGGAUGAAUCGGAAGAUGCAUGCGGAUCUGGUACAAAAAAUGCCUGUUGACAGCCCAGAUAGUGUCAUGUUGGUUGUGGAAUACCUGAAAGAGGCUGCUUCCGAAUUUCUCGCCACAGAGGCGAUUGCACCAGAGGGACGUCGUGGCGAGGUGAACCAUGAUGAAGGCGAGCUUGUACGCGCUUGGUUUUACUUGCAGUCACUGAGUACUCGAGAGAAGCGUAAUGAUAUGGUAAAUUGGGCGCCGGGCUAUGGUCUGACAGGAUUUGUUCUUGCUGGAAAGCCGGGAAUUCUUUGUCUUGAAGGAACAUCUGCAAAUAUUUCAGCAUACAUGUCUGAAAUCAAGACCAAGUCUUGGUCUGAUGUGCCAUCGCAUCAGAAGAAAGUAUCGGAGAGGUAUAGGGAACAGGGUCUGGGUGUGACCCGCGUUUUCCAAAGCAUGACGGAGGUAACUGAUGAGAUUUCAAAGGGAGGGUUCAGAGGCAAUCGAGGAGAUAUGACAGAAAUUCGAGAGAUGUUUGCAAAGGUUGGUCUGGAAGAUAUCUUUGCGGAGGUUGUCGGACUGUGAAAUGCAUGCGACCUACGAGGUAUGAAGAGGUUAUACGCGAC